AUGACCAACCUGAAUGGUGAUUUCGACAAGCUCUGCGCAGAAUUACAAAGGAUGGUGAUGGAAGAGCUGGCGCUGCCUGAUCUCAUAUCGCUUAGGAAGACUAGGAUGGAGAAUAAUGAAGGUGUAAAAGAUUACAUGGAGGAUCGGCGAAGAAAACUGUAUGAAGUAUUUGUCAAAGACGUUGACAAAUUAAAGGACCUCAUGGAACGCACCGGAACAGUUGUUUCUGGGUCAAGUGCACUCCACCUUUUCCAACCCAAACCCAAUGUGCUAAGGUUGCAAGACUUGGAUGUAUAUGCCACUGAAGAGUUCAGCCAGAAGGUGUUGAAUCACUUCAAAGACGACGAAGAAUAUGAGGUGACUAACACAGUCAAGUGGAGGAGAGAUUACAACAGCUCGGCCAUAUCAAGAGUGCACAAACUCGAGAAAAAUGGCAAGUUGGUAGACGUCAUCAUCACCAACUGGGCGAGUGCAAUUAUCCCUGUCCUACAAUAUCAUUCUACCAUCGUCAUGAACUACAUGACAGCACACACUUUCAUAUCCCUCUACCCUGAGUGGACGAAGGCAGGGAAGAGUUUAGUAAACCCUGCAGUAUACAUGGGUGAGAAAAGCAACCUGCAAACAGUGUUAGCACUCAUGAAAUACAUCAGGAGAGGCUUCUAUGUGAGUGCAGAGCCAUUUGACAUGGGGAUUCAUAACUGCGACCAAAGCACAUACUGUCCACGCACAACAAGGACCACAAUUGACGAGGGAACCCCACACUGGGAGUUUGAGGUGAAGAACACAGUAGGAAAGACUGUGAUAGUGUGCAACAACAUGGCUGUCAUAGAAUGGUGCCUCAGAGGAGAAGGUUGCAAAGAUGAAAAUGAAGAAAGUGUGGCUGCGCACAUUGCUAUAGCGGCCUGA